AUUAUUACAAAGACAAUAUACCACGAUCACCCAUACGAGUCUUAAAAGAAAGUUUCCCUGAUAUCGAUAAAAUUAACUUCAGGUAUUGUAUGUAUUCAAGCAUGAUUUUUUUCCACUUUAAUCAUAACGAAUCGUAGCAUUUUCUUUCGUCCACCCUAGUUUUCACGAUACAUGGAGGAUAUUACACGGCGGCGCGAAGAUAUGACUUCUAUCUUCUCGUGUUAAAAACAAUAUUUCACGUGCGCUCGUUCGUAAAAUAGUGUUUUCACCAUUCGAAGAUAAAAGUCAUAUCUUCGCGCCAACGUGUAAUGUUCUGUUUAUUAUAUAGUCCCAAGCCAAAAAUUGUGAAAUACUAAAAGUCACGUGAUCGAUAUCUUCACUAGUGAAGAUAUGGAAAAUAUCUCACUGUGUAUUUUUCAGUAUCUCACUCUCUACUAUAUAAUAAAAAGAAAUAUACGUCUAAGCAACCUCGUUCCCAGGCUCUACCCAGACUACCCUGCGAGCAGAGGUUUUAUUGGAGAAAGUAACCUCUGCUGAUAUAUUCCAUAAAAUACAGUUUGAUGAUCUAACAUUCCCAUCCUUCACACGUGUAGCUUGGCUCGUCUCACGCUCUCAAGACAGUAUAAAAGCAGUGUGGUGAUAGCAGGCUAUGGUAAGUUUGAAGCAAUCGGUCGUACGCCGAAAAUUGCGAAGGCAAGCGUUGCUCGAAAGGCAUUGCAACACGUAAUGAAGGAACGACACAAUUGUAAGUUGAAGUAA